AUGGAUCGUGGAAGAAUUGUUUUCGCCAUAUUGGGCUUCUCUGCAUCUUUCCUUUUGUGUCUGCCAAAUUUGUGGAAAUGGCAAGCCAAGAAACUCGCAGAAGAGAAACUGAGAAUAGUAAAUGAAGCUUUGAAACAAGCUGAAGAAAGGAUGAUCAGACACGAAGAAAGGCAUGAUCGAUUACUCAGCCAAAUCUGCUCAAACUAUUUUAUCAGUCAGUACAUGGAUGAAGCUUUGGCGAGCGCCCGAGGAGCCAUGAACGAUGCUCGAGAGUUUGCUGCUAUCCUGAGAAAUUUGCAGAUGGAGAUACUCAGCUCAUUUCCGGGUGAAGAUGUUUCCAGUAUUCCUCCCUUUUUUGGGUAG